AUGCAGACCAGGUCGAUAUGGACGGCUUUGGCUGUUCUGUCGCUGUUCCUCGUGGACAUUGUCACUGCACACACAAUCAUCGUCUAUCCCGGAUACCGAGGGAACAAUCUGCACACAAAUGGCACAGUCCUAGAGGCCUCCGGUCUAGGCCAGACGGUCGUCAAUGACACCACUAUAUUCCCAUACGGCAUGAUGUGGAUGUACCCUUGCGGGGGAAUGCCAACCUCAACCAACCGCACCAAAUGGCCCACCCAGGGCGGCGCAAUCUCCGUCCAACCCGGCUGGUUCCAGGGCCACCAGACGGCUUUUUUCUACUUCAAUCUCGGACUCGGUGCCACGCCGCCCAACAUGAGCCACCCCAUGUUGCCGCCCUUUCAGAUCAUCGGCCCCAGCGCGGAUCCAUACCCAGGCACCUUUUGUCUACCACAGGUGCCGUUGCCCGCCAAUAUAACGGUGAAAGUGGGCGAUUUGGCAACCAUUCAGGUUGUUGAGACUGCCAAGCAUGGUGCUGCUCUGUAUAAUUGUGUCGAUAUCGAAUUCGCCGAACCAGAGGACUGCGUCGAAGUCACGACCGACAAUUGCUUCAACUCAUCCGAUAUCCAAUUCGCCAAUGUCUACACUGCGGCCCUGACGACCUCGGACGCCUCGUCCAUGACGGCAAGCUCCCUAUUUGCCUUGGUUCCUCUCGUCGUGUUGGGCUUGUGGAGUUUGAUUUAG